AUGUCCUUCUUAGAUCCUUCUAUCGAGAUCCAAAAGCCAGAACAGUAUGAUUUGUCACUUAAAAGCAUUUCAUGUGCUAGGAAAAGACACUGUGCCAUGAUGAAGUUCUUUGAUUCUGCUGAAUGGGCAAUCAACGCAACAGAACUUCAAACCGCAUUACCACACAUUAACGAUCCUUUGGAUGUACCAAUUGCCUCAAUACAUCAAUCUCCACUCAAUGCUUAUUGA